AUGGCUUCUCUGGGCGGCGCAAGUGGCCCUCCUGGUCAUGCUGGCAUACUCCAAUCCCCAGGUCGUAUGUCUGACGCCGGCAGUGACCACUCGUCAUUGCACCUGAACGAAGCGUCAGAGGCAAGCUCACAGCGAGGUGAGCCAGCUGCCAAGCGGAGACGAGCAGGGGCAACAGGGAAUGGCAACAUAGGCCACAGCGCUGAACCAGACAGGCAUUUUUCGGUUCGAUUUCACGAUGUGCCCAGUACGCACACAAGGGACGUCUUCUGCGCGUUGGAGUACUAGGAAGACUAAGAUAUUCUUGAAUAACGCAUCUUUGCUGUUCUUGCUAUUAUUUCGAACAUCUUCAUCUAAUGAUCAUGUGGUGAAUUUCGGGUUUAACCGAUACUAAGAAAGCAAUAGCAAUGUAACUGUAAGCAAAAGCAAUCAACCGCAACGUCUCGUCAGGUACAAUCGCGACAUCCUGGAUCCAUCAAUCCCUAAGAUGCAUUACCUGGCUGCUGAGAAGGCGCAUCCUGUACCUCUAGACUUAGUCGACUCUAACGCCACCAAAGUCGAUAGUUAUGGGACUGGUUUGAUGCUUGGUUGUUUGAAACCAAGAGAGUUUUGCCGCAGAAGGGAAGGUUUGCAUAUGAACCCUCUCCCAGCGGGCCACCCCUUAGGCGUGAAUAAGCGAUACACAGCAGAACAACAAAAGCAGCGGUUGGUGAACAAGCAACAAGAGACGGAGGCAUUGUUCUUGCGACGACCGAUUCUAGUUCAGAAUGACAUCUUCGCAAAGGGUGAUGACAUUGUGGUGGGUCACGAAGCAGUGGAGAAGAAUCUACCACGUAAACCAGUGGAAGCAGCGACGCCAGAGGAAAUCGCAAGCAGAAUCGAAGCCACAUUUCAGAAUGCUAAUUAUGAACGAAAAGAUUAUUCUUUUACAACGAGAAGUUGUAUGUAAGAUAACAUGGAUCCUCCAAAAAAAUCCAAAAAUCGAAUUUUGGAGGUUUCAGACUGUGUCGACACUUAGGUUUGAGGAACUAUCAUCUAGUUUUAGAGAUUAACCACGACUACAACCUCACCUCCCGAUCGGCCUCCCUCGUUCUUAUUUCUUCCCUCGUUCUUAUUUCUUCCCUCGUUCUUAUUUCUUCCCUCGUUCUUAUUUCUUCCCUCGUUCUUAUUUCUUCCCUCGUUCUUAUUUCUUCUUUUUCUAAUCGGCAGAAGGCGCAGUCCAUCCAGAGCAUGGUAGCAAGGUUAAGGUCAAAUCCGAGACGCCGAUUCUUCCGAAUGCGAGUAUGUGGGCCACCAACUUUCGAACAGUGUUGUUCGACGAAAGCACUAACAUUCCUUUCGAAAAGGAGAAUCCUGCACUUCUCUGGCAGGAGAGCAAGAUGGGCAAGGAAUUUUUGGGAUUGCUCAAGCCGGAUGCAAGCAAGGAGCACAAAUUGGAAAGAGCGUACUUCUAAAUAUGAAUAAUUUUUUUUACCUCGACAAUAUUUUUAGACGUAUCCCGUGCAUCAAUUAAUUGUAGAAGUUUUACUCCAUAGAUUAAACACUGACUUUGAACAGUCCUGGGUAAACUUCAUUAAUUUGAUUUGUAGAAGUUUUAGAACGUAGUUCUUAUGAUGUUGUCUUUUUUUGACAAUUCAACUUCCAACUUCUACAUGCCACUUUCUUUCCCUCCAAAAGUAGUCUUUUAGAAAGAUGAUCCAACUGUACAGGACGAGGACUCGAACAUCAUGAAAUACGCAUUCAAACAUAGGUAUGUCUGGGUGAACGCCGGCGAAUGGCAGCAGAGUCGGUCUUCAGACGAAAGCGAGUUUCUUCUGCUUUCGCUUCCUGGGAAACCGAACAAACCAGCCAAGUUUGUCCAAAUCCCGAACAAACUGCGAGUCAAAAAGAUGCUGGCGCAACUCCAAUCCGGUUCGGCCACCACCGCGGACUUCGAUAUCGGUCGCAAGCGUGUCGAAUGGCGCCACCAGAAUAAGGCAGAGGAGGAUAGGGAUCACAACAAGCUAAGAGAAGUGCUGGAAGAGGAUCUUUCAGCUAGUGGGGGAGCAGGCUUGAAUGAUCCAGGUAAUGUGUCUCCGGGAAUGUACGGAGCAUCGCCGGGUAUGACACAGUGGGGUGGAGGAGGUCAGAGUGUCGCGGCAUCAACAUUCGAUGGAGGUCUACCGAAUGGAAAGCAUGUUGGGAAUGGAAGUGUAGCUCAUUGAUUAAAAGGUUACUUAUCUGUGUUGUUUUUCAGGUGAUUAGGUUGUGGUAAGGUGGAUGUAAGUAGGGAUGUAAGUAGCAUCUCCAAUUUGAUGGAUGAAAAGAAAGGAAGAUGAGGAUCCAUCAGUAUGACGGAGAUGGUCGUACAAGUAGAACUGGUAAAACUCAGUUCUACGACGUUAGCUCUAGAGUACUUGGGUCUUUGAUUCAUAGUCUAGAGGGUUGAGAACUGAGACGACCUAAAUGAACCGUUGUGUCGUCUUCAUGUUCAGGUUUACCCCUUAAAAUGAAAAAGAAAACACUCACACUCGCAAUUAUGGAAACCAAAACACUCACAAAAGUAGGGACAAGAGUAGCUGCUCGCUUGUGAUAUCGACGUAGAAGAUCUCAUAUUUGAUGACACUUUAUCAGAUAAGUGUACAGGUCAACGCCUAAGCCACUAACUCCUCAGCAACUGUUGUCGCGCGAGCGAUUUGAUAAGGAUCGCGAUUAUCACGCCUUCGUCGUUUCAUCUACUUCUCCAUAUCAUUUUUUGAUCAAGUUAGACGCUGCCCACACGACCACAAAAAGCAAAUCGAAAGAACGCUCACGCUCAGAAAUUUCUCUGUGCUUUGCUAGGUAGGGAAUAAAAUGAAGUUCCAACUUACUGAAGAUGAAGUAGCAGCAGUGUCGAGAUGAUGCCGAUCUGACACAAACUCGCCGAUGACAUAAGACCCAGGAUGAUGUAGAUACCCUUCUUGAUCAAAGUGAGUAAAGUAU